AUGCUACAUUGCGUUUUAUGGUUUUGUCUUCUUUAUUAUUCUUUAUUUAAAAUAUUUUUCUCUUCAUUUUUUCUUAUCUUCCUCCUCUUUUCUUUAUUAUUCUUUCUUACUCUUCUCGUUAUUGAUUUUUGCGUCUUCUUUUCUAUUUUCAUUUCUCUUUCUCUCUCUUUUUCUUUCUCUCUCUUUCUCUCUCUCUCUCUCUUUAUAAAUUUGAUUUCUUUCUUCACGAUUUAUCUUUAUUGUUUUAACGUGAUUUUUUCCAUUUAUUCCCCUUUCGUUCCCUCAUUACUUCUUUAUAUUUUUUCUUUUUCUUUCUUUAAUUCGAUCUUUCUUCACGAUUUCUCCGUUAUUUUAAAGCAUUUGAUACUUUUCUUCUUUCUCUUUCCUUCUCUUUAUUACAUUUUACUUCUCUUUUUGUCUAUAGGAUUUCUUUCUGCCUACAUGCAUUUAAUAGCAUUUGUUGACUCUUCUAUCUUCAGAUGCCCCCACUUGACCCGACUUAUUUUUACUGUUACUAUAAAUGAUUACUUUUCUUUUCUUUUUGAACCAACUUUUUUCUUCAUUUUGUUCAGCUUUUGUUCUAUAUUAAUUGAGUUAUUCUUUGGUUGCUUUCUUUAUUCUAGCUUUGAAUUUUCACCAGAAAUAGUCCAUCUCUCAUCCCUCGCUGAAGAUCAUCACGAUGAGCCAAUAUCUGGAAACUCUUUUGCCAAGGGCAACAGUUUUUUUUUAAAUCUAAUCUCGUUUUACCGCUGUUUUUAUUUUAUUUUUAUCGAAACUGACAACUAA